AUGAAUCGUUCGCUCACGAAUAGAAAGAAGCCAAGCGACCCCGAGUGCGCGAACGAGGCCAAGGGUUUAAAGAGGAGGAAGAAGCAGCCGCAGCACAUAAUGCCCACCCAUCGUGCACUAGUGGCAGCGAACGUCACGAAAAAUGACAGGAGGCUGAGGGGCGGUGGAAGUAGCGAGCUCGAACCAGCGAGCCUUCUCAGCAGUAACGCCGACUUCACCUGGUACAACCGUAGAUUCAUGAUGCCCAACCGCGCACAGCAACAUCGCCUUGAGGGCGGCGGAGGUGGCGCCGAGGCUUCCUAUCAGGCUGCUGGCUGUGGGAAAGCUGCGAGGAUGCAACUAAACAAUUGCCCUCCCAGCAACGCAGCUUUUCAUUGGGAGAGUACCAAUCCAAUUUAUUUGGCAUCAAACAAAUGUAACAUCAGACAUGUUGAACAGUCAAUUAAUAAUCCAGUUUGUUCUUGUCCUGCUAAAGGUAAUAUGGAAGCAAUGCUUAAGAAAAAAGGCUAUGCGAUGUGCACUAAAAAACCUUGCUUGGGUACAGACUGUCUGAUAAAAGCUUUCAAGGAUGCUCAAGAUUUUGUUGAUAAUAUCGGCAAAGUUCCUGGUUUAGCUGGUCUAGGGAUAACUGAGAGUCCUUAUUUUUCUAAACCACAAGAUGUAAAAGAAUUUGCAAAAGCAGAAUCCAAACUAGCACCUGCUGCUAAACAACCUGAAAUUCAAAAUUUGGAAAACGUGAAAAAACCAAUUGCUGUUGCAACACCAACUACUUUUCCACCUGUGACAACCAAAAAGCCUGGAUUAGUUCAGGAAGGCACAGCUGCCCUUCCUGAUUUAUCAACUCUUCCACCGUCAAAACCGAAAAAGAAAGAUGAAAAAAUAGAAAAGGUCAAAGACUCAGAAAACACUGCAAAUUCUUUGCAAAAUAUUGAAGAUACUCCUUGUGGUGAGCCAAAAUGUAAGUCCAGACCUAGGAAAGAUAAAACUGUAGAGAUGAGUGGGGAGUGUCAUGAAAAAAAUGAAAAAUCUAUUCAAAAAGGAGAUAAAAAAGGUUCAUCAAAAGGCAAAUUAAGUCCCUCUGGUGAUAGGCCUAAAACUGCCAAAUCUUCCAAGAGUGCUAAAGCCAAUCAGUUUCUCUAUAACUUUGGUAAUGCUUAUCCAGCUUCUAUUUAUGGACACAAAACUUGUGGUUCUCAAAGACCUAGGGUACCUGCACAUAUGGGUUGGAUGUGGAAUAAAACUGAUACAAUUACAAGGAGAAAGCCACGUCCAGGAUGGAGACCUGGUGCAAUAAGUAUACAGCUUCGAGACCUUCUGAAUGAAGCCAAAGCCGGUUUUUUCAAAGAAGCUCUGAGGCCAAGGUCAGCUCCUACCAGAAGUAAAAAAGGCAAGCUACAAAAGACUAUGAGCUUUACGUCAAAGAAAGGAAUGAUUCGAGAAGAUGAAGAGGAACCUGAAAUUGAAUAUCCACCAACUCUCCAUAUUCACAGAAAAGAUGGAAUUUAUUAUGUUACCAUGUAUCCUAUUAGGCAAGAAGGUUCUGAUGAACCUAGAUUGGAUGAACCCAUUAAUCCCCUUCAAUUCAAAAUUGUUAAAAGUAAGACCUCUCUAGCAUCCAGUUCCACAGCUUCAGAUAUGGAAAUAGAAUUCUCACCUCCAGCUGCUGUUAAUCGUCAAAAGAAAAAACCAAAUGUCAUUCAUGUCGAAACACAGGUCAAACAGCAAGAUAUUCUUGAUGCAUCCAUUAAUCAAUAA